UCCUUUCCACUCCACUUCCCCCCUCCUCUUAGUCUCUCUUUCACUGUUCACCAAUUCUCCAGUCUCUCGCUCACUUUCUUUUAAAACUACUCUCCUUUCCCCGUCUCGGAUUGAUUCCGUCAGACUGCUACUUUCUCUCUCUCAACUGUUCUCUGUGCUAGAGACCGUUGCUUCGUUCUUUCGAACCCAGUCAUUCAUUAUCCAACUUUGUUGCGAAUAGAUUUCGUGACUCACAUUCGUUCAACCCAAGCACUCUACCGCAGUCUCUACCCUAACACCAAACCAAAAAAAAACCCCCAUUUGUAAACCACCAAAUCACCAAGAUGCAGCUCACUACCAAGGUCUCUGUUGCCCUUCUGGGUGCUCUCGCAGCGGUUGGCGAGGCUAACAUCCACCACAACCUGCACUUUCACGGCCGUGAUUUUGGCUCCAGCUCCGCUGUAGUCCCCGUUGUCGCUGCGCCCACCACCACUGUCCUGCCCCCGGCCCCUGUUGCUGCCACCAGCUCCGCCUCGACGGCUGUUGCUGCCACGACCAGCGUGGCUGUCGCUCCUCAGGACACCACCGCCGCCUCCGUUGCUCCCGUUGCGCCCUCUUCCCAGGCUGUGGCUCCUGCCGGCACCUCUUCCGUGGCUGUUCCCCCCGUUGCGCCUGUGAGCUCGGCUGUAGUGGUGCCUUCGGCUCCUUCCUCUGCGCCGGUGGUGCCUGUUGGUCCCUCCUCCGUGCCUGUUGUCCCCGCCCACUCCUCUGUGGUGGUGCCCGGUGCUCACUCUUCGGCCCCCGUGCCUCCUUUCCCGUUCUCUUCGGCCGUCUCGGCCAUCACCUCCGCCCCCGUUCCUCUUGGAACCGGCGUGACCAAGUCUUCCGGCUCUACCAGCUCCGCGGCUGGCUCGGCCUCCGGAGCUGGCGCUGCUUCCUCUGGCGCUGCUUCCUCUGGCGCUGAGUCCGUCUCCACCGACUAUGAGACUCUGACCUCCACCAAGGAUGUCACUCUUACCUACACCCUGGGUGCCGGUGCCUCCAAGACCGUUGUGACCACCACUGUUCACCGCACCGUGACUGACGUCGAGACCGUCUAUGUGACCCCUGGAAGCCACAGCUCGAGCACUGCCAGCGCCGCGGCUCAGGACACCACUGUCACCUCCACCUCGACUGCCUAUGCCACUUACACCCUUCUGGCUGUUCCCUCGUCCACUGGUGCCGCUAGCUCUGCUGCCACCUCUGGCAGCUCCUCCAGCUCCGCUACCUCCGGCUCCGCUACCUCCAGCUCGUCCGGCGACAGCUGCGCUCCUGUCACUGUCACUGUGCACGACACGGUCACUGUGACUGUGACUCCUACCACUGCCGCUGCUAUCACCGCCACCCCCGACACCAACGUCGAGGUUGCCCAGCCCACCACCAGCGCUGAGGAGACCACCUCCGCCUCUACCUCCGAGGCCUCUACCAGCACUGCCACUGUUGUCCCCACCCCUCGCCCUCCUUUCGGCCACAGCAACGGCACCUUCCCUUACCCUAGCGGUGCGGCCCGACCCACUGGUUUCCAGACCAGCAGCAGGGCGGCCUUCCCCUCGCACUUCCGCCGCGUCUACUAGGUCCCCAGCCUGGCUUUUUCGUCUGUACUGAGAAUUGAUCCUGUGGCGUAAAGCUUGCGCUGGCCUUUGUACCUAUGAGAGGAUUUCAUGUUUAUUUUCUGGUACAAACUUGACAUAUUUUCAUCUUCAUUCACCUAGUCUAUACCUUCCAUUCUCGCCCUAUCCGACUCGGCACGGGAGACCGCGCAGUGGCGGUAGUUGUUCAAUUCUUGGGGUCCGUGAGAUCCUACCAUUACCAACGGGGUUGUUUCUUCGAUUAGUUUCUCUGUGAGACCUCUCAUGGGACGUGGAUUGUACAGCGGAGGCCC